AUGGCACGGAUCGAACUUAUCAGUCUUUCUCGUAUAUGGUAUACGAUUAUAGUUGUAUUAAUUCAUUUAAUUCUUGUGUAUUUUGGUAUAAAACAAUGUUAUUUUAAUGAUCGUUUACCAUGGCCUACAUCUUCUUCAUUACCAAAACUUGAAUUAUUAAUACAAAAAUUUUGUCUUCUUAUAUCAUUUGUACUUCUUUUAAUAUUUAUUUAUCCAGCUUUAUUUAAAAUUGGAAAUUUUUCAAAUGAUAAUCAACAAUUAACGAUAGAUGAUUUAAAAAAAACUGAACUAUCUUUAUGUUCGAAAUUAUGGCAACAUUGUUUUUCAUUAAGUAGUACACUACAUUUAAUUAUGAGUUUUCUCAUUAUUAUAUCCACUGUACUUAUUCAUGCUAAACAAAUUAUGGUUGGAUUAAAAAAUUCAGCACUUCUAUGGCAUAGUGACCUUGAUUUACUAUUUGAUUGGUCUUCAUCACCGACGAUAUCUAUCACUAAACGUUUUGUAAUAUCAAAUCAAAAUUUCUCAUCAUUAUCAUUCUCAAUUGAUUCCUAUUCACGUUUAAGUAUAUUGAAUUUUCUAUUUGCAUCAUUUGUUUGUAUUAUACGUGAACCAUAUGUAUUCUGGUCCAUAUCAAAAAUUUUUUCUAUACUUUAUUCAUUUGCUAUUGCUCUUAAUGUUUUACAAUGGUGUUUAAUGUACGGUGCAUUGCAAUUAUUAAUAAAAAAUAUUUGUUUUAAUACCAUUGAAUUACGUCAUAAUAUUGGCUAUUUACUAUCAAAUCAACCCUAUACAACAUUAUUUCUUUAUUUACUUCUUGAAUUUCUUAUUUAUAUAUCUUCAAUAACAUAUUAUUAUUAUGCGUAUAAUCGUUUUAAAUCAAAUUAUAAACGUUCAUGUUAUGAUCGUUUUUCAAAUUAUUGUCCAAGUUUAAUAGCUAUUAUUAUUUUAUUAUUAUAUACAGCAUGUAAAAUGCCAUUAGCACAUGAUAUAUUUUUACUUUAUAUUCAAACACGUUUACCUCUUUUAUUUCUAACAUUUAUUUUUGAAAUUAUUCAUGUUUUGUUAAUAUUAGCUAUAUGGAUUUUUUUAACAACAAAAUUAAACUGGCAUAUAAAUUCUCAAGAAAAAAAAUUAUCAAAAACUUUUAAUGGUUUAACAGUUCAAAAUAUUCCAAUAGAAGAACGAACAAAAAUUUCCUUAUCAGAAUUAAAUAAUGAUUAUUCAUCAAAAGAAAAACCUUAUGAAAAAAUUCGUAUAUUUCAAUCAGAAAUUUAUUAUCAUAAUCGACCAAAAAAUUGGAGUUUACCAUUAAAUCAACAAUCAACAAUGAUGGCUGAAUUUGAUAAUGAUGAUGAUAUUAUUACUCGUUCACCUUCAUAUCCAAUAAGUCCAAAUAAUAACAAUAAUAAUAAUAAUAAUGAAAUACAAUAUCGAAAUGCAAUAAGAAAAACUCUUUCAAAUAUAAAAAAUUCUCAAGAACAAGCAAAAGCUGUUUUUCUAAGAAGUAAUACACCGCCUACACCACCUGUUAAAAAAUUUACAAAAGAACAAGUAGAAGCAGCUAGAUUGCGAGCUCAAAAAAUAAUUAAUCAACAACAAAGAUCAUCGGGUUAUAUACAACAACAACAUUCAACUGCUUUACUUAUUAGUCAAGUUUGA